AUGGCCAGCCAGCUCUCUCGCCAUUCAGGCUUCCUCGUAGCAACGGCAGCGACGACGCUUCUCAUUGCUGUUCCAGCCAUACGCACCGCUAUCCUUGAGAGGAAGCUCGCCCGCAGGAUCACCUACCACCAUACCCUUCUUGGCGACGCCGCGCGUGAGCUUCUACUUCGCACAUCAGAAUCAGAGGACGACGACGCCGGCGGAAAGCAAGCAACAAGGGCCGCCGCGGCAGUCCCAGCACCAUACCCAACGCCCCUCUCGACCCUCCCCCAAACCCUGAUCACCUCCUCCCAAGCCCACAACAUCUUCUACGACAUCUCCCUCCUCCCCAUCCCCACAUCAACCCUCCCUCCCCUCCUCACCACCUAUCUCCAGCAUAACAUGCAACUCUUCUCCCGCUCGCCGCAGGGCUGGAUCCUGUGGGCGACGCAGAGGGAUGGCAAAGCUCGACGGAGUUUUGAGCGCGAGUGGAUUGAGAGUCUUGGGUUUGAGGUCGGGGAGUUGGUUAAUGGGCUUUAUACAGUCGUUGAGAGGGGGACGUUGGUUGGCGGGGAGGGAGAGGAGGGUGAAGGUGGGGCGAAAGUUGUGUUUGGGAUGAGCAGGGGGAAAGUGGAGGGGAGGUUGGUUAUUAGUAUUAGGAUUGCAGACGGAGAGAUGGUCGAGGCUUUGAUCAAAGCCGGGGACGGACGGCACGGGAGGGAGUCGACACAGGAGAAGGGCGUGAUGGUAUUUUGCACGGAGACAUGGAUGUGGGUGCGCAAAGACGCAAGGGAGACGAUGCCGAUGGAGAUGGCGGUCCCUAGGUUCAUGCAUCGAGUUUUGAGCUGGCGGUUGCUCGUCAGUGGGACGGAGCAUUUGCAGGGGCUGGCGAGAUGA